UUGAUCUCCCUCAUCGCUGCCCAGAAGCUCCGUCAUCCGCCUCUCUCUCUCUCUCUCUGUCUCUCUCUGCCGCCGCGAGGAUGGCAUUCCCUCGAUCUAACUCAACCAUUAUUUCGAGCUUUCGAUCUCGUUUCCAGAAGGAGGAAACGCAUAAUAUUCCGCGGCGUGGAUAUCACAUCGAGCUGGGAGCUCGUGAGAAGGCGCUUUUGGAAGAAGAUCCUGCUUUGAAACGUUUCAAGUCCUACAAGAAAUCUGUAAAACAAGCAUCGAAAAUUGGAAAUGUGCUAACAAUUCUUGCAGUUGCUGCUUGCAGCUAUGAGAUUGUUGCUGUGGCAGUUUCAAAGUAAUUAUGGAGAUGUCACUGAAAUCGCUUUUGGUUGCAGUUUGCAAAAUAAACCUUAAUAAAAUGCAUCUUUUUGUAAAACCAUUUUUGCAUUUCAUUUGCGCAUUUAUUCUAUAAAGUUACAUUUUCCAAAGCUUUUAAGAGGUGAUGAAUGAUAUUUGAUGCAGCUUUGUAAUUAUUCGUAAGUUUGUAGAACUUUUUUCUAUAUUUGCAUGUCUAUUACAUUCAUAA